CAUUCUGAAAUUCCAUUUUGCUGCUAUCUCCAAGGCCCAAGCAUUCGCAUCUGUAGAUCAUUAGAUGUAUCUUUUCUUUCGACGCAAAUCAUUGCUCGCCGAGCGCUUUACAACGAUAAUCACCGUUGUUUGUGCCGCCAUUGUCGUACCCAAGGAAACCGUGGAUUAAGGAUAAGAACCAUUUCUUGCCAAGCGAAGUAACGGAGACCCAAACCGUAUUCGACGGGCAUGAUGACAUUCCCCUGCAUUAAAUUCGUUCACGACGAUGGAGUACAAGCCCGGUGAUUCUUGCGUAAAGAUUGCUCCUGUUAACAUUAGGGGCGAAACGGAAAUGUCAGGAGUCAGGACCGACAGCAGGUGGGCAACAUUUUUGAAAUGCAGAAAGGCGGCAUCUUUAAAAGAUUGUCAACCUCUUCUCGUCCUAACCACGCCUACCUCCGGCGGGGGGGGGGGGAUCGGCCGCUCGAACGAGGGUACAGUUGCAUUUGUGCGGGUGCUACUGUUUGGGGCAGAAGACGGCGCAGGCGGCAUCCUGGAAGACGGGCUGGAGGUCCUUCUGCGUUAGAGCGGAGCAUUCCAGAUUGUGCAGCGUCUUUGCGCGUGCCUACCAGGAUACAUACGGAUACAAGUCGGUCAGGAGAUUGAACACGUAAAGAUACGCCGGAGGCCCUUAGUGAAUUAGCCAGAGCUUUCAUUACGUGGUAGCAGGUCCGGUAAGUUUUCGCUCGUCGAGUGAAUACGUUCUGGUGUAUUUUGCAGGAUAAAUUUACCCACUUUCAUGUGGAUUUAAAAAUGUUUUGGAGCCCGAAAGUUAAGUUAUGUGUAUAGUAAGUAUUAACAUUUGGAUAGAUAACCGCUGCCUAAAAAAACUCUCGCCCGUUUCUGGACUGUGGCGGCGACUAUACCGCUCCCAAAUCUUCUCCGCUAGCGUUUUGUUCCGCCUCUUCAGGGUCCGAAAAUUUUCAUGCAGCGGGAAUCCAAAUGGUAUCUCGAUGGAAACCAGUUGUGCUAAAUCAGGUUCCCACUUUUCGGGUGCUCGGCUGUUGACUCCAUGUGCACAGAGACGCGGUCGAUAUAAAAAACUGCCAGUGUGACUACUGACUGCGCACGUCACACCCCCGGCUAGCGAUUUAACGCGUUCCCAUGGCGCAAGAGAGAUCCCAUCCCGCCUCUUGUGAUCUUUCACAGAAAGACCUUUUGGCUCCAUACCUCCUGGGAAACCGGCCGUCAUAGUCCGCGAGUGAGGCGCCCGUUGAUACCGUCGUGUCAGGGCAGUUUUCCAGUCGAUCGCUUAUGCCGAAGCCCGUGGCGUCCCUGGUCAUCGACUGUCCCGUCUCAUGCGCACGCCGGGUAGCGAUUAAUUCAUGCAGAUUUACAUUAUAUUGAUGCCUAUUGAUAUAACAGACAAAAAUUGCAACUUUUGAUAAGUUGUGGCAUGCUACGGCUUCCGCAUACUAUUACAAAAGCAGGAGUUAAAUCAAGUCAUUGCUCUUUUAUAGCGACUAUCGUAUUGUACAUAUAGUACGAGGGCAUGUUUGGAAAGCGCUUCAUUUCCGGUCCUAGAUGCAGCGAAACCGCGCGGUCUGGCAGCUUGAUUCGGAUUUUCGGUCCCGGUCCCGUGAUUUAUUGACGGCCAGCAGCACUUCCGUUGGCUAAACCUAGUAGACUCAUGAUAAAUAUGCGAUUAGUGGGUAGCUGCGUAGUGAGGACCCAAGUAAAGCAACUACGCUAAUCCGCUUUAAUAUUUUAUGGAAAAUGGCCCCGUACAUAGCGUCGAAAAUGAGAUACAUACACAAAAGCUUUCGUUUCCGCGCUCUCCGAAUCACUUUUUUGUAAGUAAUACAGACACUGUAUGUUAUUCUAAUGCUAAAUGAUUUGUACACAUUUUUCUGAAACGGUUUUCGCGCGCAACAUCCGGUUGCCGAGAUAUGGCGUGUUAAAAUACGUAAAAAGUUUAAAUGCAUUAUUGUGUACCAAAAGUGUGGUCGUUACUAUCCGAUCUUCUUGAGACUUUGCUAUAAAAGACACAAUGCCAUAAAGUCGAAAGUGAACUAAUUUCAGGUUCAUAGCACUUUCUAAUAAUUUUAAAAUGGAUUUUGAAAUUUUUGAAAUUCAUCUUAAAAGCGAAAAAAAAACGCCAUGGAUCUGAUCGCUUCACUUUCGGCUUAACGGCCGUAUGUUUUUUAGCAAAGCUUCAAGAAGAUCGGGUAAUAACCAGACUUUUGGUACAAACAAUGCAAGUAAACUUUUCGCAAGUUUUGCUUCCCCAAAUUUCGGCAAACGGAUGUUGCGCGCGAAAACCGUUUUCAGAACAAGGUACACAAAUCAUUUAGCUUUGGAAUGACAUAAAGUAUUACCAAAAAAGUGAUGCGGAGUGCGCGAAAGCGAGAGUUUUAGAGUAUGUAUCCCCUUUUUGACACCAUUUACCGGCCAUUUCCCUUAAAAGUGGAACGAUAGAAUGCCAUUAAAAUUAGUGGUGGCGUUAGGAUAAACAAAAGAUUUUUUUUGCCACAUGAUAAUUCAUUCGGUUGCUAAACAUGUGAAUCAAGUUUUUUUUUGUACCAACCGGCGCAUAUAGCAACCGGAAAGCGCUACCGCGUUUUGCUGCAGUCCGUUAGUCACACAUGAUAGAUAUAUUAGUGUGACCUUUUCGAGUUGUUCGUAAAUUACCAGCAGCACUGGAUGCAACGUUGAUUAGAAAGUCUAUCGUCACGGUGAAUGUAAAGAAGAAAGCAUAAGAAUUUCGUACGAGUAUAUUCUUGGUGCUAGCAACCAUAAGAACGCAUCGUGCAACCAUCCGCUUCAAACUAUGUCGUGUGUCUGUUGUACUUCGGGAACUAACUUCGCCCAAAUGAAAAGCUCAACUCAUUUUAUGAAAAAACUUGAAAAAGCUCAACUUGACUUUAUUAUCUGUGCAAGUGUGCAGCUCAUAUCCUGUUCUGUCAUGCGCAGCGCAAUGGUAAUUUACGCUGCAUUCGUUAUAUUAAUACCAGUAGCUGGGAGUAAAAUUGGCAUUUCUCAGUAAAACUACCCGGAUCCUCAUUCGUGACCUUGAUGGCUGCAGCCUGCAGGAGCGCCGUAACUCGGCGUUUUCUUCUUAAUAGUAUUCCUUACCGUACGGUAAGCAUUUUCGGGCGAUAUUUCGAUUUCCCAAACGCGUACGAACGGGUUCUCCGGUUGCCUUUAAUUUGGCAACUUCCGGAAAAAAAUUUUUGCAGUUCACCUUGUUUAGUUGAUUGAUUGUGCGGGAGCGAAAGAGGUGCAGGAACGGUAAGCAGAGAUACUGUAAAUAUCCAUGGAAUUUUUAAUACAGUUAGUAUGGGCAGGGUUCUUCUAAUUGCACUGCUGCGGCGCUAUUAGCGGAGGAGGCCAUCCUGUUUAGUGCUUAGAAUUUUGUAUCUGCCGUAUUAAAUUUUCUUUACAGAUGUACUAAGGCAAGUCACGUAUACUGUACAGAUGUACUAAGGUAAGUUGUCCGGCCAGACACGAAGUACAUAAAUAAAACCAUGUAUAACGUAAUUCAGUUACUUGUGCCAAUGUACCUUUUUGGAUGACUAGUUAAGUCACCAAAUCGCAAAAAAACGGCGCCCAAUAUAUGGACCAGAAAUAAAGCGCGGCACACCGGCGAUUUGCUGAUCAAUAACGCGCUGACUGACGAAACGUUCACCCGACGGUUCGUCGAAGCACCAAAUCGCUGCUCGGCAGGUUUCUCUGCAACGAUUAACUGGGUGCAACCACCGAUUUAGUCUUGUCUCUUUAUUGGCCUGGAUCCAAACCGUCGCACUGCACACUCAAAAUCCAGAAUGGCGAGCAGGGGCUCGAUAACCAGCGUUAACUCUGAUGGAUCCAUAAUUCGCCGCCCAGCCGUGGAAGAAAGCGUCGCACCGAUUAGGAUUAUAAUGGAUGAUGGCUUUCGUUUAGGACAAUCCGAGAGCGAAGAAGAUAAAAUCAUCCAAGCGAUGGAUAAGGAAUACACGCGCUUAAAGGCUAUAUGGACGCAGGACAAGCAAGACGCCCGGCUGACCAUCCGCACGCUGCAACAACAGUUGGCGGACCGCGAUCACGACAUUGCACAACUGCGGACCAUGUUGACCAAUCUGCAAAAUAUGAUCGGCACCAGGAACCGACUAAUUGACGACCAGCAGCGGCGCUUGCAGGAGAUGGAGGCACGUUUAACGGAGCAGAUGCGUCACGUUCUGCAGCUGGCAACGCGCAACGCCCAGCUCGUGCGGUUCUACGGGAAGAUCCGCGGGAUGCUGGCUGACAUCCCAGAUACGGUGCAGCCACCACAGGAUGCGCAGUUGCAUGUCGAGUUUCCUGCUAAUGACCCGCCCGUGGACGCUGCGAUUCCUACUGUCGCCAUGAUUCCGGAAGUCGUCGCGCCUAAAGGGGAUCCCGUGGCGGUGGACGAUGACGCACCGGAGGUCCCGGUGGAGACGAUCGGCGAGCAUGUCGAAAUCGACACGGAACCGACGGCCGUCCUGCAGCCGCUGCCCGCUGCUAACGACACAGCGUCCAGUUCCGCCGUCGGCGAGUGCGUUGGAGACGACACGCGCUCAACGGAUCAGUCCGCCCAACUCCCCGCCGCUGCGCACGCCCCCAACGCUGAACUCUCCAAGAAAUUCGGUCUGGCCCGUCGCUCCCGCGCCUCCACGGACUUGCCGGCCACAGUGGCGAACCGGGUCGGUUGGGAACGCAGCCGGACGGAUCAGGGAACUGUUGCUGCCGAUCCCGGGAAGCGCAGACGGAGAUUGUAUCCGUGCGGAACGGUGGGAUGUCCGCGGGUCUUUCGUAAUGAGCCCUGCAAGCGGCGGCAUGAGGCCAUGGAUCACACCGAGAAGCCGCAACUGCACUCUGCCAAAUAGAUGCGGCCAGAUCUUCACGCUUUGAAUUCUGACUGUUGUCAUAACUUUUUCUUAUGUUGUAUCGCCAUUAGUGUGCUAUGCGGUAGACACCUAACUUUGUUUUAACAGAGAAAUUAUUUGCGGUGCGCUGAGGCGAUAUGAUGGACAGUCGUAACUAAGGAAAAAUUGAGGGAA